AUGUUCUCGGCUGUCGUCGCUCAACUGGAACACUGCCACCACCUCAUUGAUUUGGCGGUCAAAAUCCUGGUCAUUAGUUUUGUGGACCAGGGUGUACGGAGUGGAACGACAAGGUGAGGAACCGUCCAAGACAUCCCCCUGCGACCUCCCUCGUCUCCGGUUUUUUGACCCUGUCGUGACACCGGGCUCAGGCGAGGAAGGAAGGAGAGUGUGGCAGAUGCAGCGCCAGUCCACUGGUACUAUAAACCCCUGCGCAAGUCACCGUCCCUGCUCCCACCACUGCUGAGGUGGGACAUACGGUGGACAUCGUCGGAUGCAAAGGUCGAACUAUUGUGUGUGUAUGUGUGUGCCUUAAAUUUGCCAAGGGGUGGUGCCCCAGUGGCUUAGGUUGUGGUUGCAGGGGGCAGGGAGGUUCAAGUGACCGCAUGACACCUGCGUGAAUUACCUUGAAGCAGCGGAGCCCUGGAAUAAAGGAAGAUACAUCGAGUAGAAAACCUGCUUAGUCCUCAUCUAUGGCGGUCGUCAUGCGUACAUCCAAUUCACUAAGUGAAAUAGUAGGUAUAUGAAGGAGUCAUAUAGAGUACGACUUUAAGUUGUUUCGAUAUACGGGUGUAACAGUGCUGUCUCACAGGGGAUGCACUUGUACGCGAUAGCCGAUAUCAUAAACGGGUGCCCAAAACGGUGAGGUGGAAGAGGCUGGCGGAGACUAGCAUGAUGUAAACUCCGCCAUAACCCCACCUAGAGCCCACUUAGCCUUCACACAGCCUUCCUUAGUCCUGAAGACUAGAUGGUGCCGGACGGGGAUAGUUCUUGCAUGGAAUCAAGAUGAAGUGCCACAUAAGUAAUUGCAUUUACCGAAAGUCAGUACUGCAAACUUGUCUAAGUAAACCUUUUCCAGAAAUAGAAUCAUUUAGGAAAGUCGGCUGAAGUACAGCACCAAUUGUAUGAGGAGUAGUUUAUGACAAAAUAUCAUGGAGUUUAUGGAUGGCAUUUACCAUGUCCUCGGGUAGAUACAGUGUUGGGCAAACAGCCACAUCGGUGGUCCCUUGAGGACACGUCGAUAAAGUAGAAAAAAUGGUUGAGUUUACUCCCAAAAAUAUAUUUAUUUUGCCUGGCUAGAAGGCGCUGGGUGAUGAGCUGGUGUUGGCAGCAUAGGAGACUUCUCCCGUCAUCAUUUUCAAGCGAGCGAAUUUCCAUACGAGAACAAAUAUCACCAUAUCAUCCGCCUUGAAUUAUUUUUAGUGAGAUUGCUCUCGCCGUUGGUGCACACUGUUUUGCUUGCUUUAUUAAUCGUUGUUACUUUGCCGUCGCGGCCUUGCCAGAGCAGCGUUACUUUAGAGUAGUCAGUUGGAGAAGCGGACUCAUCGCCAUUGAUUUAAGUUACCGUUCAAAGUCGUCACACAAGGCGUAAACCGAGAAUGCAUUUGCACAUUAAGCUGGGUAGGCAGAACAAGUAAAGAAGUUGAAGACUAAUUUAUGUGAGCCAUAGCGUGCCUCCGUGGCGCAAUCGGUUAGCGCGUUCGGCUGUUAACCGAAAGGUUGGUGGUUCGAGCCCACCCGGGCGCGUCUUUUUCGCUAGUUGUGCUAUAAUGCGAACCUGCAUAUGGUCACUGUUCGAAUGUCAUGAACGCCUUCCAAAUUGCCUAUUCAGUAAAUUUACCAUAGAAUUAGCAAGCGAAGGCCAUUCAAUUUUAUGCAUGCUAUAGUCGAUUUCGCUGCGAUAUCUUGACAUGGUAUCAUGAAAAGCAGCUGACAUUUAUGCGUCUCCGUAGGUCAGAACCGUGGAAUAAACGGUAGACCGUUCAGUCACCCGUUGAGAUCUGAUGUUCCAUCCAUUUUAAGACCGUCCGCGGUUGUCGGGGUUGUUGUGACUAAGCGGUGUAAAUUUGUAAUAGGUGCGCUACCAACGUCCGGUCAAAUCCCAAGUUGUAGGGAGAAGAUAGGAGGCAUCAGAAGGGGGGUUUAUGGUUUGCAGAACCAUGGGUUGUCCUCUCAGGCGGCGGUGGCUACUGGCGAAACAAGGGCUGGUGUUGACUGCGUCCAGUCCUGCCUGGGAGUCCCUGAGACAAUAGUGAGAGCAUCUUUUGUGGGCUCGUGGGCCAAGCUCUCCAAUCGGUGUGUGUGUGAUAUAUUGCGACAUCACUGAUCACCAUCACUAUCAAUGAUCGCCAUUGUAGCUUUUAUCUGCGGGUAGCUUGAUAGUCUAAAACGAACGUGCUGCCUGAAGAUGUAGGCGACGUUUUUGGAUAUUGAUCAACUCGAGGCGUUAGUAGAUAGGCGUAGGACCCUGGAGCGCUCUUAUCUCUCAGGAUAAACUACCUUCAGAUCACCAUGACACAAUCAAGAGAGUUUACUGAUCCUUUCCAAGGACGAUUUACUCACACACAACAUAUAUCAUUGUUUGUUUACUGGCUCCUGCAACCGACGUUGAUUAACCAGUCCCGAAAGUCAUACUCUUACAACCUAUACCAUAUGUAAAUGGAAUACGUUACAGAAUAAUAAAUGUAGCCAGAAUUUCCUUGUCUUGUCCGAAUUCGAUAUUAAACAGUCAGUAUUCUAUUGUUUAAUUUUCCGUUGCAAGACAAUCAUUCUUUGACUCAAAACUGCUCCUUUAGAUUUAGGGAGGUGGAAAAUUUUAUUUGCGUUGAUAGGAUAUUGAUGUUAUCCGCGAAAUAUAUCCUUGGGUAUUUAUAUGAGCUCUGGUCAGACACUAAGCCAUCGCAGACGCUAGUGAUGCAGCUCAUAUUUCAACCCGAAAAAUGGUCAUAGUUUUUGUCGUCUUAAUGCCUACCUGCCUACUUGAAAACUAGCGCAAAUAUUGACUCGAAUCGGAAAAUUUUACCUCUAGGCGUGAUAGUUUGCAAAGCAGUAUGUGGAGAUACCACUGAUGGCGUGGUUUUUUUCAAAAAACUACCUUAAAAAUUACUUUUUAGUGGUUUUCAACAUAUUUGCCUUUUUUAACAGAACCUUGUUUUUCAAGAAUUUGCUGCAGUCAGUUUGCCUCUCGUAUUAUGCAUGACUACAUGAUGGGGGAAGGAAGGACAGAAGUUGUUUUUCGCUCAUGUCACCCUACCGGCUGUUUACCCUGUGAGGGGUUUUCGCGAAUUCGGAGGGAUGAUCACUUAAACAAACGUUGGUGUUACGUUAAGCCGAGGCUGUACUUAACGGCCUUGUAGCACAGGCAGAACGUCGGCUUAUCCCAUUGCUGCAUUCCAAAUGACACACCCGAAAGCUUUUUUCGUUCUAAAGCAUCCGCGAUCUCCAGGUCCGCUAAUUGAUUAAAUAAAUUCCUCCGUACUGUGAGUCAGAUUGCAAUGGCACUUUCCAAAUAUGCUCCUAACAGCUUGCAGAUUGGGCAAAUAAAAUGUGGCGCUUUUGUUGUUGUCGGCAGGUACUUGAUUUCACCGUAUCCACACAGGACUAGGUGAAUCAUUUUAAAGCACAUAAAUGCCAGGGCGCGUUAAGCAGAAUUUCGACAAAUGACCGUUAUUACAUCACGAAGCGCUGUGAUUGUUAUCCAUCAGUAGUCUGUUGGCGGCGGCGUUCUUUUUAUGACGCUCCUGCGCGAAAAAAGAUAAUUUUGCAGCUCGUAGACUUUAAGGCUCAAAAAAGGUUUUAAAACCUCGUCACAGAAUUCAAUCUCCUUGAAUUAAGGUCCUUUUCUACUGUUCCUAAUUAACACCAACGAAACUUUCUGCCCCGUAAAACCCCUGGCCAAUUUCUAUGUGAACUUAAGGCCCUCUCAAUAGAAACAUCGCGUCGACAGUAACGGCCCCACAGCGAAUUGACGUCUGAAAAACUCAAGUAGCCUAUUGGUAAAUACGGUCUAUUUUCCCGUCAAAAGCAUCAAACACCUAAACUAGUCGUUAUACAGUCAGAAACAGAAAAAACGGGAGAGACUGAACUAUCCUCUCUGUCGUGAAGGGGCAGAGGAUGGUGGACAGUAUUAGUUUAUGGCCCAAAUAGUCGGGCAAGAAGAAUGUGCGGACGCAGAAAUUACGGGCAGUGCGUGACAGCAAGAUGCGGGAGCUGUCAGAUCAGACUGUGUGUGUGUGUGUGUGUUUGAACUAGUGCAACAUGACUGAUCAACUUUCGGUAUAAAAUAAGUCUGCUGUCUGAAGAUGUAGAAGACAUUUUUUUGAUAUUGAUCAACUCGGGGCGUUAGUAGAUAGGUCAAGCACCCUGGAACACUCUUAUCUCCAAGGCUAACCUUCCAUCAGACCACCACGACGCAAUCAAGCUAGUUUACUGAUCCUAUCCAAGGACGAUGUACCCACUGUUAGGGCGUUUAUUUAAAAGCUGUCCGUACGUUGUGUAAGGACCAAGAAGAAGUCUUGACCGAAUCUACCAUACAGCUUUGUCUUGGGACAAGUAUUCUUCGAACUACUUCGAAUACUUCAGAUUAAUUUGAAAUACAUCACAAUCCCAUGUUGUGUCGGCGAAGACCUAGACAGCAGAUUGCUUGCUACCUGCCAAGCUCCAAAUGUUUGCUUUUGUCCUGCAAACAGGAUAACACAUGAUCCAUUGUCCCGGUUAAAUACAGUUAAAACAUUUUACGCAAUUGGAAUCGAAGUCUACAAUAAAAUACAACAUAAAUGCAACGGUCGGACAAAAGUGGGUGCUUUUAAUCCGAUUUGCAAGUGAAUGUUCCUAUCUGCAGGAUGGAAAACUAACCUCAUUGAAUAACCACACUCCAGCCAUAAGUGUUAUCUAAGUAAAGUCUGGCCAAAAUAAUAUACUCCAAAUAUAGUUAAUCAGCGGGCAGGAAUAAACCACUGAUAACAUGAAAGAGAAUGUGAAUGUUACGCUGUUGUUCCAUUCAGGCUGAUAAAAUUUAGCGUUGCCUUCCGGGUCAACUAUUGAGAAGAAAAUAAAGGUAUAUGCCGAACUAUCUACUCCAAGCUCACGCAUCAGUUGCGGAUGAAAUUUACAUUUUUACCGUUAGGAAAGGGGGUUUACAGUCGGAAAGCUGGAGAACUCCCUGUUGAGACCAAACCGUUGUAGCUGAGUGAUGCGCCGACAAAAAAUGGGCCAAACCUCUGUCUGAUGAACCAAUUGGCUAGUGCCUGUUAAUUUAAGUAAGCGAGAUCAGCCAAUACUCUUAUGAUACUUACUGCCUGUAAGCCGGACACGAAUAUUAUGCAUUAGAUUUGGACCUGGAAAGGCUUGUGACGAAUAAUGUACACCACUUCCAUACGCGUAUUUCUGAACAAAUCAAAUCUCCACCAUUAAAAAUAUGACCGGACUUUUAAUCUCGAUAUUUUAAUUCAACCGAAGCUAAGGCGACUGCUUGCCUUCAGACUUAACGGGGGCAGCCUAUAACAAAAAGACUCUCCUAGCCUCUCCUAACUUCUGCACGCUUCCAUUGUCUGUCUUUUCUGUAAGUUUAGAAUCUAAGUAAAUUCAAGUGGGUUAUGUUUCCACCCUUUCGAUCUCCCCCUGUGCGCCGUCAGUGGGGGUGCAUUUUGCGGUUUUCAUGCCGCACAAGUGCCUUGAGGCAUGCAAAACGCUCAUCAGACUGCGUGGCUCUCAAUUUUGAGGUGGUGGGCCUAUACGAGCAUUGACUGUGAUAAGUGUGGCAUGUUUACUGACGUUACCGCCUUUUCGCCCUCCAGGUCAUGCUGAUAGUGGUUUUCGCCCUGUCCACUAGUGGUGGCGACCGUUUUUGUUUAUCCUGAGAAGUGAAUCAGACACUAGCUCUACCCCGAAAACACCUGCGUGGCUAGAAUAUGCGCCAGCGUAGGACGCCAAAACACUAAAAUGCACUGGUUCACAUGGAGAAGCACGAAAACAUAGUCGUGAUUGCCCGCCAAGGCUUUGAAUUUGAUUUUCUAGUUAACACGGUUUAAUGCUGCGGGUUCACGCACGCAUUACAUAUCAAUUUUAUUCAUAGGUAUUUUGGCAGAUUUUGAAUAAUUCAUAUUGUCCCAACAAUGAAAAACUCGGCGCCUCGGUGGGAUUCGAACCCACGCAGUAAGGAGAAGGCUUUAGCACAGCCAACGCUUUAACCACUUGAGUUACGAGGCCCCGCCGGACGACUCGAGUUUAAUCACAUUUGGGUCAAGUUACCCGCCCAACCUACUGCAAUGUCUGUAAUCCACCAAAUCUGGUACAGUAAGUUGACUGCCCACGCAGGAUUUCCUAAGUAAUUCACCUAGAACCCCCAAGAUGACUACCACGAUCACGCAAUUCAUAGGUAUUUUGGCAGAUUUUUAACGAAUUCCAAGCACUACUGGCAGUUCAAAGGACGUCAAACAUAUACAUAGCUAGGGAAAGCAUUUCUGUAAGAAAAUAUUACCUGUUUUACUUCUAAAACGCAUGAGUCUAAGCUCUGCGCAUUGCUUAGGAAUUCGUGAAUUAAUAAAUUAGACGAAACAUUUGGAAUCGAAAAAAUUCCAUGGCAUGUUUAGCCAAAUCUCGACAAAUGACCGUUAUUAUGUCACGGAACGCUGUGCUUGUGACCCAUUAAUAGUCUGCUGGCGUCGGCAUGCUUUUGACGAAGCUUCUCCGGAGAAGAAGAUAUUUUUAUUGUUCGUAGACUUUAAGGCUAAAAAAAUAUAGAUCCUCGGCACAGCAAUCCAUCUUCUGGAAGAAAUGUUCUUUCCUAUUUUUAACCAAAUUAACAACAAUAAAUUUUCCGCUCCGUAAAACCCCUGGUCCAUUUCUAUGUGAAUUUAUGACCCUCUUGGUCGAGACCCUGUAUUGACGGUUGCGGUCCGCACAGCGAAUUGAAGUGUGGCAAGCCCAAUUAGUCUAUUGGUAAACACGGUCUAUUUUCUCUUCAACAGAGUCAAACACUGAUGCUAAUUGCUGUGCAGUCAGAAACACAAAAAGCGGAAAAGACUGAACGAUACUAUCUGUCAUGGUGUGGCGGACAAUAGCCGACGGUAUUUGUCUACGGUUCAAAGCCUUGAAGCAGGAAGAAUGUCGGAGGCCGUAAUUAGGGGCCGUGCGUGACGAUAAGAUUUGGGGCCUGUCCGGUCAGACUGUGUUUGUGCGCGUGUGUGUGCGUCAAUUAGUGCGACAUGACUGAUCGGCUUUCAGCAUCGCAGCUGAAUAGCACAAAAAGAACCAGCUGCCUGAAAUGUAGGGUGCAUUUUUGAAUAUUGAUCAACUCGCAGCGUUGGCAGAUGCGUUUAGGAUACUACGAAGCGUCAUAUCUCUCAGGAUAAACUACAGUCAAUUAACCACGACGCAAUCAAGCGGAUUUACCGAUCCCUUCGAAGGACGCUUUACCCACUGUUAGUGUGUCUAGUUAACUACUGCGCGUAGUUCGUGGAUGGACUAAGAAUUAUUUGCGCCCGAAGCUAGCAACCAGCAUUAUCUUGCGACAAAUAUUCGACGAACAACUUAGAAUAUCACAGAUUAAUUCGAAGUGCAUUAUAAUUUUCUGCUGUGUCAGCAAAGAUUGGACGGCUGAUUGCUUGCCACCUGCCAAGCUCAAAAUGCUCGUUUUUUUCUCCAAAGAGGAUAAAUUGAAGAACGCUUCUUCAGUCUGAUGCCGCACAGAAUCGAUCGUUCUUGUUUAACACAAAAAGCACGAUACAUACUGAAAGUCGGGAUUCAUGACAACAUAGAAUGUUAAUGCAGCGGUCGUGUAAAAGUUGAUGUCGCAAACUAACUGUGACAAUUCUUCUGAACCACCACUUCCAUCCUCCUCCUCCUCCUCCUCCACUGCUCCAGCGACGGCCGCUCAUGCGACCACCAACCCCGACACAACAACAAGCACCACCCCCCUACCUUCGGCUUCAGACGUGAGAAUCAGGACUACACCUGCCCUCAAUGCGACCGCACCUUCUCCUAUCACAUAGGCCUGGUCGGUCGCUUGCGAAUUCAUCGCACAGAGACUGGCGAACCAGUGCCUGGAGCACCAACCUACGCCCAUCGCACUCGCCUCCACUGCCCGCACUGCCCAUGCACCUUCACGUAUCGCACGGGACUAUUCGGUCACAGGCGCAUCCACGAGGGCGGAAUUGACCGCAGUCUCGACACACCCACCCUGCCGAGCCCCACUCCCUAUUCUUCACCUUGUGCACCCACCAACCUCUCCGCAACCGACAUCGGCGACACCGACUUUACCACCCCUCACUCCUCCCCUUCCUCCUCUCCUUCCUCCUCCUCCUCCUCCUCCUCCUCCUCCUUCACUGCAACAACAACGGCCGCUCCGGCGUCUGUCGUGCACGACAUCACCACAGACAUACCUGACACAACAACAGGCAUAACCCCUCCAAGCUUCGACUUCAGAGGUGACGAACAGGACUACAUCUACCCUCACGACGAUCGCACCUUCACCUCACUCAUCGGCCUGGUCGGUCACUUGCGAAUCCAUCGCACAGAGACUGGAGAACGAAUGCCUGGAGCACCAACAUACACUCACCGCACUCGCCUCCACUGCCCACAUUGCCCUCGCACUUUCACGCAUAUUCGGUCACAUGCGCAUCUACGACGACCUGUAGUAGACAACCGCCGGUUACACCACACAUCUACACACUCCAAACCUCCUCAACCAUCACCACCAUACAUUAACACUCACCCACCGCAUGCACCCAACUGCCACCUCCCACGCAAGCGGGAAGUGUACAUCUCGACUUGGUCCCCAUGCGGCUUCGGCUGCAGGGGUGACUUGAGUCCGAGACUAUCCGGACACGUCAAGCGUCGUGGAUAG